AAAAAAUAUGCUUAAUGUAACUGUGCUUUCGUGGUUUUAUUUUGAAAGUGAUUGCCGGAAGUUGUUCUUGACAUCCUGUGUGGUUGACGGAGAUGCUUAGUGUGUAUGUGUGCGUGUAGUGAGAGACUCCCGUGUGUGCGUGUGUGUCGUCGGCUUCCUGCUGUUGCUGCUGUCCGCACACCGUUAGUCUCGUCAGUGUUGAACGGCUCGCCAUGGCGGAAGGACACAGAGAACAGCAAUCUCAUCCUGUCCUAGCCUUACCCCCGGCCAGCAAGCGACCCUGCCUUCGCCCUGCACCCCGAGGUCCCGGACCCGGGCCCGGUCACGGCAGCGGGUUGCCCAGCUCGCGGUAUCGUUCCCCGGAGUCCCUUUUGGACUGCGCCGCUAAGGCAGUAGCGGAAAAGUGGGCCUUCGAGAGAGUAGAAGAGCGCUUCGAGCGGAUCCCGGAGCCCGUCCAGCGCCGUAUUGUCUACUGGUCUUUUCCCCGCAACGAGAAGGAGAUAUGCAUGUACUCGUCGUUUCAGUGCCGAAUCGCUGGCGAGGAGGGUCCGUCCGGAACUGCCAGUGGGGCCGGGGGGGCAGGGUCCGGAGCUACGACCGCUGCCGCCGGUGGCGGAGGAUCUACCGCUGGUGCAACGGCUGCCGUGGGGGCAGCCGGAGCAGUGGGGACGGGGGACGGACUGCCUUUUCGCCGGGGUAUCCGGCUAUUAGAAACCGGCUGUGUGGAAAACGUUUUACAAGUCGGGUUCCAUCUCAGCGGCACAGUAACGGAGCCAGCCACCUCUUCAGAGACUGAGGUCACCCAUAAGGUAGCCAUAAGCUUCGACCGAUGCAAGAUCACGUCUGUAACCUGUGGCUGCGGGAACAAAGAUAUUUUCUACUGCGCACACGUGGUGGCGCUCUCGCUUUACCGGAUCCGCAAACCCGAACAGGUGAAGCUACGGCUGCCCAUAUCGGAGACGUUGUUCCAGAUGAACAGGGAUCAGCUGCAGAAGUUGGUCCAGUAUCUCAUCACGGCCCACCACACCGAGGUGCUUCCCACUGCUCAGAAACUGGCGGAUGAAAUCCUCUCUUCCAACUCUGAGAUCAACCAGGUUCAUGGUGCUCCUGAUCCAACUGCAGGCGCCAGCAUCAACGACGACAACUGCUGGCAUCUGGACGAGGACCAAGUGAGGGAGCAGGUCAAGCAGUUUUUGUCGCAGGGAGGAUACUACGGCUCGGGAAAGCAGCUCAACUCCAUGUUUGCUAAGGUGAGAGAGAUGCUGCGGAUGCGAGACUCCAACGGCGCCAGAAUGCUCACCCUCAUAACCGAGCAGUUCAUGGCCGACCCCCGACUGUCCUUAUGGAGACAGCAAGGGACGGGCAUGACGGACAAGUGUCGGCAGCUCUGGGACGAGCUGGGUGCAUUGUGGGUAUGUGUGGUGCUAAACCCCCACUGUAAGAGUGAGGAAAAGAGCGGCUGGCUGAAGCAGCUAAAGAAGUGGGGCGACACGGACGUUUGUCCGCUGGAGGACGGAAACUACGGCAGCGAGCUUCCAAACAUAACAAACGCUCUGCCGCAGAGUAACCACGCACAAGACUCCCUGUCAAGGCCGCGCAGAACUGUGUUCAGUCGGUCAGUCGAGGCCUGUGACCUCCACUGGCAAGACAGCCACCUGCAGAGGAUCAUCAGCAGCGACCACUACAUGUCUCCGUCCUAUCAGAGGGAAGGAGAGAGUCUGCUGUUCAACCCACAGGGGCUGCCGCUUUGGCUAGACCACGUACCGACGGCGUGCGCUCGUGUCGACGCCCUGCGUUCCCACGGUUACUCCAGAGAAGCCCUACGGCUAGCCGUUGCAAUCAUCAACACGCUUCGCCUCCAACAGCAGCGACAAAUGGACAUUUACAAGCACCAAAAGAAAGAGCUUCUCCAGAGAGGAGUGACUUCAACGACGAACCUGGAGGGCUGGGUGGGUCAUCCUCUGGACCCCAUCGGCUGCUUGUUCAUCACGCUGACAGAGACCUGCCGCGUGGAUGACGAAAACACCAUGGACACUGGAGAUGGAGAGCCGAGGCCUCCCGUCUACCAUCACGUCUCAGUGUGGGGCAGUUCAGAUGGGGGGGAGUCGUAUCUCACCCUGGCCUUGGAGGUGGCACUUAUGGGUAUGGGGCAACAGAGGAUAAUGCCAGAAGGACUUUAUGCCCAGGAUAAGGUGUGCCGCAACGAAGAGCAGAUUAUUGCAAAGAUGCAGGAAUUGGAGCUGGACGAUCUCCUGGUUCAGACACUUCGGAAACAAGCCAUACAUUUGCUGGAGGCGGGUCCAUUCAGCGGCCUCGGAGAGGUCAUCCACCGAGAAAGCGUCCCCAUGCACACGUUUGCAAAAUACCUCUUUUCUGCGCUGCUGCCGCACGACGCGGACUUGGCCUACAAGUUGGCUCUGCGUGCCAUGAGGUUGCCGGUGCUGGAGUCGUCAGCGGGCUCCGGGGAUGUCGGCCACCCUCACCACGGCAUCUCCAUCGUCCCGAGCCGAUAUCCCCGCUGGUUCACUCUGGGACACCUGGAGUCCCAGCAGUGUGAGCUGGCCUCAACUAUGCUAACCGCGGCGAAAGGGGACAUGCUGAGACUGCGAACGGUGCUGGAGGCCAUCCAGAAAAACAUCCACUCCUCUUCCCUCAUCUUCAAACUGGCCCAAGAUGCCUUUAAGAUCGCCACUCCCGCCGAGAGCCCGCCCGAUAUCACUCUGCUAAAUGUGUCGCUGGAGCUGGGACUGCAGGUGAUGAGGAUGACGCUGUCCACCCUGAACUGGAGGAGGAGGGAGAUGGUCCGCUGGUUGGUAACAUGCGCCACCGAAGUCGGUCUGCGGGCCUUGGUGAGCAUCCUGCAGAGCUGGUACACCCUCUUCACGCCGACGGAGGCCACCAGCAUCGUGGCGGCCACCGUCAUGUCCCACAACACCAUCCUGCGCCUCAGCCUGGACUACCCCCAGAGGGAGGAGCUGGCCAGUUGUGCGAGGACUCUGGCGUUGCAGUGCGCCAUGAAGGACCCCCAGAACUGCGCCCUGUCAGCCCUGACGCUUUGCGAAAAGGACCACAUCGCCUUUGAGACGGCCUAUCAGAUCGUGAUCGAUGCGGCGUCGACGGGUAUGACGUACUCGCAGCUGUUCACCAUCGCCAGGUACAUGGAACACAGAGGAUACCCUCUCCGCUCCUUCAAGCUGGCGUCUCUCGCCAUGACACAUCUUAACCUUGCCUAUAACCAGGACACGCACCCUGCUAUAAACGACGUGCUCUGGGCGUGCGCUCUGAGCCACUCCCUGGGGAAAAACGAGCUGGCCGCCAUCAUUCCCCUAGUGGUGAAGAGCGUGCACUGCGCCACAGUGCUUUCUGACAUAUUGCGCCGGUGCACCAUGACGGCACCGGGGCUAGCCGGCAUUCCCGGCAGAAGGAACUCUGGGAAGCUGAUGUCAACGGACAAAGCGCCAUUGCGGCAGCUGCUGGACGCCACGAUCUCCGCAUACAUCAACACCACGCACUCUCGGCUGACGCACAUCAGCCCGCGGCACUAUGGGGAGUUCAUAGAGUUCCUCAGCAAAGCGCGCGAGACUUUUCUGCUGGCACAGGACGGCCACAUCCAGUUCGCUCAGUUCAUAGACAACCUGAAACAGAUCUAUAAGGGCAAAAAGAAACUGAUGAUGUUGGUCAGGGAGCGCUUCGGCUGACCUUCCUCUCCCUCAGAGACCUUGUCCUUUUAGGAAAUAGUAAAAAGAGUUUUAAUUUAAUCUUUUGAUUUUUACGUUUAUCCUUUUGUUUGCUUUUUUUACUUGUCACGUUGAGCCAAUUUUGACCAAGUCUAACGGUUUUCUUUUGAAUGUGUACAAAAACGUUCACAGAACAUCGCUCUACGUCACUGUUACUGCAAAACGGGUGACAAAGAACCAACCAGAGAAAAACAAAGCAUCCAGCCCUCCAACAAAUGGGAAAAGUCAACAGUUUCUCACUCGACGAUAUGAAAACCAAAUGAUGUUGUUGGACGGGGACCGUUCUUUGAGCUAGGCAACGCUUUAAGCUGGGGUUGUGAAGAAUAUGGAAAAACCAUGGCAGUGUUGCUGUCGUACCUCGACCAUGUUCCGCGUCAGCUUUAACUUCUCUUCACGGAAACAGCCUCUUGUUUGAUUCAGAUACCUUUGACUGGUCAAAGACGUCACACAGUUAAAAAAAAAAACCCUUUACCUGCUGCUUUCCUCCAGUACCUUCGAAAGAAAUGCUCUGCUUGAGUGCUCGAUAUUUUUGUUUAAUCCAGAAGCCUGACAGAGACCUUCACUUAAUCCUCCACCUGCAUCCAGUUGUUAGCUUAUGUCCUUCUGCUGUAACAUCAGAGGGACCAGAUUGCACAUCACUGCACUGCUGUCUGUGACCAAACCCGUCAAAUGUUCAUUUACCGCAUCAACAUGGUCGCCAAGCAAUAUGAACAAGUCUCUACUCACUGAAAUCACUUCAGCAUCUUCAAGUUGUUUCUGGAGGCUUUGAGAGCAGUUCAGUCCAAAUAUAUUUCUUUUUUUGUUUGUUUGGUUUGUUGCCUAAAAUCUCUUUUCCAUCACAAGAACAGUUUUUCUUUCUAGUUUUUAUAAAGUAAAAACACAAUAGAAUCAGCGAUAACCACAAUAAAUUGUAUACAUAUAUUUCUAUUUUAAAAGGAAGUGAUUCAAAACAUGUUGAGGUAUGUUAGAGCAGAAUACAAAUGUUCCCUGUUGUAACUACACCACAUUUAAAAUCUCUGGAUAUUUAAAAACUAUGCAUGUAACGUCUCAAACACUUUGUAUUCUUCUUUUAUUUUGAAAAGAAAGUGUUGCUUCCCUGCAAAAUGUACGGAGCCUUAAUGCCGUUCAGAAAUUGGUUCUGAUGCAAUAAAUGAAUAAAAACAUUUAUUCAAACUUCUCUAAACGAACGUUAAUGUUGCUCUUUGCAGACGCCAUGUAAGGAAGCUUCCGUUUCUUUUGCAAAAUUUUCAAAUUUCAACCGAUUUCUUAAAAUAAUUUGCUUUGUUUUAAACACGUUUUUUCAAAUAAAUUGGAUGCCUGGUUUUCUUAUGUGGCAGGAAAAACAGUUAUUUUUUAUCAUUAAAAUUCAAAACAGUGAUGAUGCAAAUUAUUAGGUAAAGCCGUGUUUUUCCGGCCAAUAAAAACAAUUGACUUUUCGGCUUUGCUGCCUUAGACUUUGUCACGGCUGAUGCAGAAAUUAGGAUUUUUCUUGUGAUGGAAAAGGGCCAGAAGGCGCCGUGAGGGGCACUGAACACGCCGAAACGCUGAUUCUUUACAGGCUUAAUGACUCUGUCUUAGGCCACACCCCCUCAGCACAGGAGGUUAGCUUCUCUCUGCGGAUGACGUCCAACGCUUUUUUUAUUUUUAUUUUUUCCCCCUCAGACUCGGUGGCAUACAGUAAAACUCCAAAUUGUACCCAUUUAGACGCAUCAUACUAGCACUUCACACGAUUACCUCUUGAAUACGUUCCUGCAUCUGUUCAUUUCUAUUACUGACAUCGGGAACAAAACAAACAAAAACGCGAAGGGGGAAAUUUAGUUACAUAAAUCAAACGGAAGAGGCAAGAAAAGGGAUUCUGAAAGGGGGAAUGUUUUGUCUUUUCUUCUCUGCUUGUACAUUCCACGAGCGCUACUACCCUCCCUCACUACCGGGGUAGAAAUGCAGACAGACGGAUGGAAAGAGAGAACAGAGAGGCUGAACCCAGUUCUCAGGGACAUCACUUAAAAAAACGAAACAAAACGUAAAGUAGUAGCAUUUAAACUAUUGUAAAUAGAAAAGUGUCAAUUCAGAAAAUUGUAAAGUUAUAAUUAUUUAUGAUAAGUAUGGUAUGUGUGUUCAGUUUUUCCUGCUUUUGUUGUUUUGUUGUUUUUUUGGCAGGGUGUACUUGAAUAGUUGCGGGCGGAGGACUUAAGACCGGGGGUUUUUUUCUGUUGUUUUUUUUUUUUUUCCCCCCUCAAAAGCAAAGACUUCAAGGCGUUUCUCAGGUGCUCCUAUGUACAUUUCCUUUACUUUGGUUUGAGCUAAAAAUACGGUUUGUUUAUUUUGCAAAAAAGAAAAGAGGAAAAAAAAAGGUUGUUUUUUUUCUUUUCAUUCCUUCCAAAAGCAUGCCAUCAGAGAUGAGGACCAUGAGGGAAGCAUUCAUUCAUGAACAGAAUUGUACUAAACCCUGACUAUGCAGAACCACUUUGGAAGUCUUGUCACCUUUUUGGGGAGGGGUGGGGGUGGGGGGUGGGGGGUCAGUGGGCUGAACCACUAUUGAGGAUGACAAGACUGAGCAUGCUUCUAUUUGGACAAUGUGCAGUCACCGGUCUGCAUCUGCUGCAACGUGUAGAGGACGUGGACAUGGGGGGGGGGGGGGGGGGGGUGCCUUUUGUGACAGAUUAAUGUACAAAGUUUUGUUUUUGCCUCACUUCUGUGUCAGUCUUUUUCUGUUUUCUUUCCUCCUAUCAGGACUAAAGCCUUUAGUGUCUUCUCAGACGUGUUGUUGCUGUGCAGUCACACCAGGCGUCAGAAAGCAUGUGAACAGAAGAGAUGCUCAUUUCUCUCUUUUCCAAUUUGAUUUUCUUUUUUGUUUUUUCCUACUUUUAAAGUUCAGUGUUUAGAUUUCAUUGCCAUAGAUUCCGAGUCGGAUGUUUCUCCCUCACAGGGACCGUUCUGGGUUUGAAGCGAUGCGUUUUUUUGUGUGUGUGUGUGUGUGUGUGUUUUAGGGUCUAGCUGCAUCCUUUGUUGUCUUACAGCACAGUGACAUGAGUGCACAUCAGCAGCCUUGUUACCACAAAGUCAACUUGUGCAAAAAUAAAAAAGAAUAAAAGUGUUAAAAAAAUCAAAAGCUGCAGGGACUUUUUGCAUCACCAGAGUGGAAACAAAGACGGUAGAAUAACUCCUUAUCCUAAUACUCUGACACAUCGUUUGAUCAUCUCCUUAACUCAGAAGCUACAGUCAGCUGCCUUUUUAAUGUGAUGCGUUCACUGACAGCAUUAAAACACGCAAUCUCCUUCCUGUGUGUUCACCCACAACCACAGUUGUUUUUCUUAGUUUUCCCUGUAUUUCUUUCAUUUUUAGGAGAGUACUGUUUGCUGGUAGAAAUGUAGUUCACCUACUGUUCCUUUGUUUGUUUUUAUUUGGUUUGCAAUUUUACUUAACUUAAGGGAAACAUUGAAAGUGUUUGUUGCCUCUUUGUGCUACUGAUUAUGACAAGGUAUUUCCAGUAUUUGUUGCCACAGAAGUAUCAUAGCUUAUCAUUAACACUUUUUGUUUCCUUUUCUUUUUUUUUCUGUAAUUUUGUUUGUGGAACUUCUUGAGCUACUGUCUGUAAAGCGAGAAUUUAUUACUAUUUAUGUAACGCUACUACCAUUUUAUAUUGAUUUGUGUUGAAAUCUCAGUGCUUUUCUAUGAAUAAAGUGUGAAGCACGUUAAAAAAGAAGCCAUUUUUAAA